AUUCCCUCCCUAAUCUCUCUUCACACAAAAAGGAGAUGGCAUCAUCAUCUUUUGUCACAUCUUUUCUCUUAACACUUUCUUUUACUUGCUGCAUAUUCUCUUCACCCUCAGUAGCUAGAAACGAUGCACAAAAAACCAACAAUGAAUUCAUGAAAACAUCUUGCAGUGCAACAACCUACCCAAAGCUUUGCCUUACUUCUCUUUCAAGCCAUGCUGGUGCAAUCCAAACAAGCCCUAAACUUAUGGCAUGCGCAGCCCUUAACGUGACGCUUGCCUCUGCCAAAUCAACCUCUACCAUGAUGUCAAAGCUCUCCCACAGCCAUGGAAUGGAGCCCAAAGAAGUAGAAGCUAUGAGGGACUGUGUCGAAGAGUUAAGUGAUUCGGUUUAUGAGCUUAAGAGGUCUAUAGCUGGGAUGGGAAGCUUUAAAAACUCUGAUUUUCAGCUUAUGAUAAGUGAUGUACAAACUUGGGUCAGUGCGGCUUUGACGGAUGAGACCACCUGCUCUGAUGGGUUUGAGGAAAAUGGGAUGAAUGGGAAGUUGAAGACUAUUGUGGGGGGCAGGAUUGUCAAGAUUGCACAAUUGACUAGCAAUGCUUUGGCUUUGAUCGACAGAUACGCCUCAGUUCAUGGUUAAAUUAAUCAACUAGCCAGUCUACCCUACCGUACUUAAGAUAAUUUUUUAAAGAAUUAAUUAGAUGCUGGCAGUAUAUUGUGCGAGAAUAAACUGUGUUAUAAGUUGCUAAAUUCGAAUUGUACGUGUGAUUCUUCUUUGUGAAUGUACCCAUGGGUCUCUACAAGUGUUAAGAAAUUGGUAUUGUAUUGGUAUAAAUAAAUUUGAGAGAA